AGUACUAAAUUUUCCAUUCAUGGUGUUUUUGUUGUCUCUCAAACACGCAGGCGGCGGUAUUUUGGCUCUCCUCGGGGUUUAAUUCCGAAAUAUUAUUCCGAUUUUCUCGGUAGUGCGACCGAUCAAACGGGUGCGAUUCCGUACGGAAAGUGUUCUCCAGCGAGCGGUGCAUAGUUUACGCGUGGAAUUCAGAUUUCCAGCUGAGGGUGUGUUCGAUUCGUUUCUCACCGGAUUUCACCGGUCCGGAAGAAGAAGAAGAAGUAGAACCAUUGCGGUUUGGUUGUGGGCGCAAGCUUCCUAGUGCAGGGCAUUCGUCGUGUCGUCGUUUUCGUAGUUGUCCCAAGUGCGGAAGAAGCGGUACCUACCUUCUGAGGUCUGAGCACAGAGCCUCGGAAGAGCGGACGUGUAAUAAGAGGUAGGAGUGUCAACUCCUGACAAAAAAAAGGAAGAUCAGACAAAAAAUCAGAGCGAGUACUACUCUGCAACAAAUCAGUAAUCGUAAUACCGUGUGGUGCUUUGUAAACACAGUAACAAGAAGAACAUCAGCAGCAGCAACAACAACAACAGCAGCAUGGGUGACGCUAUCAACUUUGGACCUGCGUGGCUGCGCAAAGUUGCUACCUUCGAUAGUAACGCUGUGAGCAGCAUUGGUGGACCCCCCCAUAGUAAUAACAACAACAACACCAGUAGCAGCAGCAGCUCCAGCACCAGCAAUAAUCAGACCAACAGUAACAACAAUAACAACAGCAGCAGCUCCGGUUCAGCUGGCGGCGGUGGUGGGGGUGGUGGUGGCAGUUCGGCAGCCCUGGCGGCUGCCAACGCAGCGGCAGCAGCAGCAGCAGCGGCGGCGGCAGCUUCCACGACCACCCGUUACGCACUGGCCGAGUUCCGGUAUGGGCGGGAGGAGAUGUUGGCACUAUUCGACGUGAAAGCGGUCAAAACGCCAGAGAUACUGGUCAACUUCAAAAACUUGUUCGUUGACAAGGUGCAGUGUCCUCUGGCAUUGACCCCUUGCACCGACGAUGACGUGGUACCGGAACCAGAUACUAGGCGUACAUGGCAAACGAGGAGCAUUUCGUUGGGUGUGCCAGGGCGUGGCGCCCGUGGUGGUUCCGUUGAUCGAGGAAGAGGUCGUGGUAGAGGCAUCUAUCUCGGUUAUCAACGGUCAACCUCUUUCUACGACGACGAGUCCAGAAGCGUGGGGAGAGGUGAACGACCAUGGCUGGAACGCAACGGUACCGGUGGACCCCUCGGUGGCAGCGGGGGUGCCGGCGGUGGCGAGGUGGAUUGGAACAGUUCCUCUUCGUCACCCCGGAAGGAGUUCGGGGUACGGGCUAGGACGGCCAACAUGGAAAGUUGGCGUCGGGCCCGUCCGGAUGACGAACCGAGCGCUACGGACUGGCGCAGUGGCAGCCUGAACACCAGUGGUGGUGCUGGUGGUAGUGGUGGUCUGUCCGGGUCAGGCUUGCGGGACAAGUGGUCCCGUUCUACCAGCUGGCGCGAAGAGGACGGUGGUACAAACGAUGGCUCCGGUUUAGGUCGGCCUGGGUUGGGUGGCUUACAUCCGUCGUCUAGCAGCGAACGGAUGAUAUCGACUUCGGGUGCCUACAAGCCUCGUCUGUCGGCGCUGAGUGGGGCUGGUGGCGCUGGGGAUAUGAGUUCCAGUGGAGGUUCCGGUGGUACCGGACCGAUGAGUGCACUGAGGCGCAACUGGGAUACGGAAGACCAACUUCCUGAGUGGGCGACGGAGAAUCCUUCCGAUUACGGAGGAAGUUUCGAUGCCAGUGGAGCGUUCCAUGACUCCGAUAACGACGUCGAUGGUCGGCUGGACGACGACGGCGUCAAGCAGAAUCAUGUGGACAGAAAGGAAGGGUCAACAGCGAGUUCCAGGAAGAGUACUUCUUCGAAAGAAGGAAGUGCGACAAAAGAGGUGCUGCCGAAUCAUUUGUUGGAAAAGCAAGAGCCGGUAAAUGACUCCCAGAAAGGUGGUAAGCGUGAAGAGCAGAAAGUGCUCGACCAAAAAGAGGAAACUGAGUCCAGUAAACCGAAAGAGGAUUGUGUUAGCGUAAAGGUACUGUCAUCGUCGCGAGAGUCCAUUAGUUCACAUCCUUCUUCGGUAGAUCCUCCAAAGACAACGCAUGAAAUGGCGGCUGAAAUUGAGAUCCCGAAACCGGCCGCCAACAGCAGUACCAUUGACACGAGUGCUAAGCCUAGCGAGAGUCCAAGCAGGGGUCGUGAUACGCAGUCCAGGGAUAUGCCGAAGAAGUCUGCUUCCAGUUCGAGUGUGGAUCGUAUGCAGGAAGUUGCUGACGAUAUGGUGGCUCAGUUGAUCAUGGACGACGAAUAUACGGGCACUGGUGAAGCUGAUCCCACACCAGUGCCGCGAUCUCUGGACAAGUCUCCCGUACUGGGUGCUCAAAUUCCAAUCAACUUACUGCUUUCGAAGGAACCCGUCGCGAUGCAGCAACUGUUUGGAAACAGCAGCGCAGGUAGUGGCAAUCGGAACAUGCUUCUCUCGGAUGUUAAUCGAUCGAUGUUGCAUGGUGUGGGUCCUCAAAUACCACCGAUCCACCAUCCGGGGACGGAUAUCUGGUACUACAGGGAUCCACAGGGCAAGGUUCAAGGUCCGUUCCCGGCUUCGGAGAUGACCGAGUGGUAUCGAGCCGGUUACUUCGAUGACUCCCUCUCGGUGCGUCGGGCAUGCGAUGAAAUCUACACGACCUUGGGGACGCUUGUAGCUCUCUGCGGCGGUGCCAUUCCAUUUUUGAACUCGAUGAGUAUACCACCGAUUAAGAGUAGUAGUAUUAACGCGAAGCAACAGCAACAGCAGCAGCAGCAACCUCAGCCUCCUCAAGCUCCAACUAGCUCAUUCCAACAACAGAAACCUGCCUCCACUCUACAGCAUCUUCAGCAGCAGCAGCAGCAGCAAGCUCCGCCUCUGGAUUCGGAUCUGUCGGUUCAGUUGCAGUUUACCAAAAAGCUCCACCAGUUGCGCCAACACAGCCUGAUCAUGCAGAAGCUGAGCUCGACCGACGGUUGGCCACUGCUCUCGCAGGAACAACAGAAUGCCAUCAUUGCCCAGCAUAUGGCGCAGUUGCAGCUGACCGACAGUAUGUUGAUAUCACCCUCGCUUCCGACGCCUACCAGCUCAUCGAAUCCGCCGAACCCGGCAAGUAUUUUCGGUGGUGUCGUGCCACCGCAGGAUUCGCUAGUCAAUCUCAAACAGGCGCAGCAUCAGCAGCAACAGCAAGCACAACAGGUUCAAGCUCAGCAGCAGCAACAGUCGCAGCCUGGUCAGCAUCCGGUGUUGGAACAGCUGCAAAAGUCCAACAGUCUUAGCAAUGCGUUCCAGAAGAUGCAACUGUCCGACUUUGGACAGCCGCAACCCGGACGACCGAUGCUUGGCAAUCUGAACGUCGAUCCCACUGCCGGUCACGACCACCUGGGGCAACUGAUCCACAACAUUAACUUUAAUCAUCAACCUCCAGUACAAAACCUUCCACUCGGCUCCAAUAUGUUGUUGAAGCAUAACCUAAUAGGCAAUCUGACGCCGCAGCAACAGCAGCAGCAACAACAACAACAGCAGCAGCAACAACAACAACAGCAACAUCAACAACAGCCAUCGCAACAGCCGCAAGUACCAAAACCGAACAUUGAAAGCGAUCCAAUCCAGUCGUUGUUGAUGCAGCUGUCGAUGCAUAAACAACAGCAACAGCAACCGCCACAGCCAUCGAAAACACCGGUGGAGCUAAUGUCUCCGUGGUUGCAAACGCAAUCGAUGCCACCGCAACAACCGCUGCAACCGGGCCUGCGUCCGUUGAUCAGCGGUUGGGGCGAUCUGCCUCCAACGAGUGCCUCUUUUGGCUCGCUUCUGCAACAACAACAGCCACCGUCAUCUCAGCCACAGCCACAGCAUCUAGGUGGUCAUCCACUGGUCAAUGCCAGCUCUGCUGCCAGCGAGCCCCAGGCACCGUCGGUUGUAUCGCUGUUCAAGCAUCAUCAGCAGACCGAGAAGCAGAACCAGGAGAAACUGGUUCCUGAAUCUCAUCAACAGCAGCAACAUUUACAACAACUGCAACAUCAACAACAAUUGCAGCAACAACAACAACAACAAACUCAGCAUCAUAAUCAUCAGCAACAACAGCCACAGCAAGGCAAUCAUCAGCAACAACUUUUCGAACGUACUCACCAGAAGCAGCAGCAGAUUGAGAAUGCCGUUACUCAGCAACAACAGCAGCAGCAGCAGCAGCAACAACAACAACAACAACAGCAGCAGCAGCAAUUUGCCCAGAAACCUUCGAAAGAAGAUAGAAAGGAGCUGGAGCAUCUUGCUCAACAGCAACUGCAACAGCAGCAGCAGCAGCAGCAACAACAACAACAACAACAACAAAUGCAACAACGGCAUUUCCAACAGUCAACCAAACAGGAAAAACAACCGAAACCAAGCCAGCCGAAGGCAGUCAACAACAUUGACGUUGAAGAGCAACAAGCUCAACAGCAACAACAGCAGCAACAACAACAGCAACAACAACAACAGCCAGCUGGUAAAUUUCCACAGCAAAAGGGUAACAAGAAGCAACAGCAGUCGAAUCAACAGCAUAAGCAGCAGCAUCCCGACGACGAUCAAGGUGAGUUCAUCAACGUGAAGAAAGAGAUGGAGGAGAAGAAGCGCCAAAAGGAGCUGAAAAAGCAACAGCAAGAGGAGCUGAAGCGCAAGCAGCUCGAGGAGAAGAAGAAGCAAGAGGAGAUGGAAGCACAGAAGAAGGCCAAACUUUUGGAGGUGCAGCGUCGCGAAGCGAUCAAGAUUCAAGAACAGCAGCAACAGCCGCGUCCCGCUACGAAGGUUGCUCCGUGGUCCGCUUCGGUUGCCGAAACGGUCAACAGCGGACCCAGUCUGGACGAGAUUCAGAAAGCCGAGCGCGAACGGCGUGCUGCCUUGGUUCGCCAGGAGCAAUCACUCCGAGAGCAACAGCAGCAGCAGGAGAUCAUAGAGCUGCAAUCGCACCUGGAUAGCAAGCUCAAGUGGAAUGCCCAGAACCUGGGUCCGCAGAAUGUGAAAUCCCUGGCGGAAAUCCAGGCCGAAGAAGCGGCAUCCGCGGAACGUACUCGCGAGAAGAAUGUCGCUGCUCUGACUGCGGCUUCCAUUGCUGCUUCCGUUGCGAAAGCUCCAAAGAAGGAAGAUCUGCUCGGAACAGCCGUUUGGCAGAGCCAAGGCAGCGUCCUGACCUGGAACACGGCCAAACUGUGGGCCAAUUCGGGCGAUGAGCAGAACAAUGUUAGCUCCGGAGGUUUCUGGGAGGAACCAAAUCCCUCGAACAAGAACGGCCGUCAUAAGCAGAACCAUCAGCAAUCUGCCCAACAGCAGCAACAGCAUCAGCAGGCACAGAAUCAGAAGCAGCUGCUGAGCAAGAGCAAGACAAUGGGUAGCAUUUCGACUACUUCGUCUUCGAAUGCCGUUGCCGCUGCCAAGCAACAGCAGCAGCAGCAGAAGAACCAGAUGCACCAACAACAGCACCCACAGAAUAAGAACACUGCCAAGGGUUCUUCCGGUGCUGGUGCUGGCAAGAACUCGGGCGGAGCUUCCGGCGCUGGUGGCGAUCGAAAGGAACGUGGCCACGGCGGCGAGCCAACCAACGAGUUCACCAGUUGGUGUACCCGUGCGCUGACCUCGCUGAACAGCAAUGUUGAUAUUCCGACGUUCGUUGGCUUCUUGCAGGACAUUGAAUCCCCGUUCGAGGUGAAGGACUACAUCCGGCUCUAUCUCGGUGAAACGAAGGAAUGCGCUGAAUUUGCCAAACAGUUCCUGGAAAGACGCUCCAAGUACAAGAACCAGAUGCGCCAGAAGAAUGCCCACAUCGACGACAUGUGCAAGCCGGCUCCGGCCAUCAAUCCGUCGUCGAAUGACUUCAUGGAGAUCAAGGGCAAAAAUAAGAAGGUGAAGAAAAACAAGAUGACCAAGCUCGACAAUCGCUGCCUGGGCUUCUCGGUGACCGCUGCCCCGGACCGUCUAAACGUUGGCGACCGCGACUACGGCGACAAUGCCUAAUCGGCAGGCAGAAGAAACUCGCAAAGGUAGGACCGACGUUGAUGGGAAAACACACAUUGCUCUUGGCCUGGAUGGUGGUGAGAACACACAUUUUGAAACACACACCCACACACACACAUAUAUACAUACACGCGUACAGGUUUAGAGGAAGCAUAGGAUUUUGGUUUUCUCCGAAAAGUGCAAAACGGUGCGCUUUCGAUGGCACGACAAGAUAGGCAAGCAAGUAUAACCGAUUUGCGGUGGUUUUCAUUCUACAAGCAAGUACUAUAGGAAAAUGAUGAAAAACAUACAUUUUUGGCGUUCCUUGUUGCAUAAGAACACAUGAUAGAUCAUAACAUACACACAUUUAACCACGCGAAUAUCAGAAAAUUAAUCGGAAUUACAAUAGGAGGACACCGCCAGAUGCACACGCAGCCGAUUUACGAGGAGGAUCCACUGCGGAACUGCGUUUUGAGAAAGUUAGUAGCCGACAAAAGGAUGUGGUGUGUAGAUGAGUUUAGGAAAAGUUUUGUGUGUUUCGUUACCCCGUUAUUGCCCUUGCACCCAUUAUUACUGUUUCACUGUUCAUCGAAGCGAAGGUGAUUUGGUCGCUACUUCUUGCUACGUUUUCUGAAUUAAUAUUCGUUCUGAAUGGAAUUGUGAAUUGAUUUCGAAUUGUUAGCAAAAAACCGGAAGCCGGUAUGAUGUAAGAUUUGUGAUUAUGUAUAUAAAUAUGUAUGAAACGAGAAAGGACUGUUGUUGAAGCUUGCCAACUGCUGUAUUAAUCUGAUCUGCGGGGACUUCUAAGAACUAUCGUAAUCGUAUAUCAGGUAUGUUAAACCAAAAGGGCAGCUAAGGGAACGUAAUAUUUAAGCGAUAAAUGCUUCUUAAACCUUGGAAAAAUGCUCCUUUAAUGCGUAGCUACUCAGAUUUACUGUCCUGUCCGUGUUUUUGUCUUGAUCAGAGGAGCAGAGCGACGGGCAAGCGUCGAGAAUGAGCUUCCAGAAGAAGCUUCUAUUAGAAGCUCAUUAUCGACGCUUGUCCGUCGCUCUGCUUCCCUGACUAAUUACGCAGGCAGAACAGUAAAUCUGAGUAGCAUUAGUAAAGGAGCAUUUUUCCGAAGUUUACGAAGCAUUUCAUCAUUUUAAUAUUCCAAAAACCAUUUUCUCAAAAGCAAUUUUGGAUUACUUUUUCGAAUGGACGUAUCAGGUUUUGUAAGCAAUGCAUUUGAUCGUUGAUUUGGCGUAACUGGUAGCUCUAACACUACCAUCAAAUAGGGGUUACGCCAAACGGAUCAUCAAAUGCAUUGUUUACAAAAGCAGAUACGUCCAUUCGAAAAAGUAAUCGAGAAAUGUUAAAUUAAAAUGAGGGGUCAAUUGAGUGUCUCCUAUCGUCAGGUUAGGUCCAGAUAGGAUUCCGAAGGCACAAGUGGAUUACCCAAAUGCACAGUUCUUUUUUAUAACUCAAGACUUCCAAUAAUGAGUGAAAAAUAAGCGUUGAAACUAUCUCCAUAAGUUCAUAGGGAGAAAUCUGCCGGGGUCCCAAAUAGAUUAAAAAAAGCGGACCUUUUCAAGAAAUAUUUGUAACACCAAUGAGUAUGAUCCAAAAAUUCCUGCACGAAGACCUCCUUUCAAGGUCCCCCGGGAUGAGUCAUAAACCUAGCUUAUGCUCUGGGAUAGUUACUGGAAGAAGUCUUAUAUGAUAAAUCUUAGUGGGAUCUACAGGUGUCCAAAAGUAUUUUUCAAGAACCACCAGGUAUCUAGAAGUUAUCUUCAAGUGGUCUCCAGAAGCUAUCUUCUGGGGGUAGUCAGAGUUUUUCCUCUGGAGGCAUCCAAAGUUUUUCCUGUGAAUGUAUUAAGAGACUUCUCUAAGCUGGUGUCCAGAAGCUAGGAUGGAUUUCUAUAAUUUUUUCUGAAAAUAACCAGAUUUUAUCUUUAAAAGUGGAAGAAUUUAAGAAAGCAAAACGCAGCCCACUUAUGGAAUUUCCGAUUGACCAACUCUUUGCUAAAAGUGAAACCACUUCUAAUUAGUUUGACGAAACACAUAACUUCCAAACGAACGAAUUCAAGUUACUACCGAAGACAAUAUAUCAAGAAAACUUCUGGCAAGCCUGCCAGAAUCCACAGCGUCAAAUGCAGGUGCGCUGCACUCGAGCAAAGAUAGAACCACCGCAUACAAACAUAAGCGAAGACGUAAACCUUUCUACUUUGGUUGACUGCUUCGCUAUCAAAUUCGUUCGGAGCUUUUUCCUCUGAGUUGUAGAUGGCGGGAUUGUGUACCGAAUGCUUGCGAUUGACCAGUGUUCUUAAUAUGCUGUCUUCGUUACUACAUAGUAUGAAUUUUAAGAUGAUCAUCAAACGCCUGUGUGUUUUUUUUAAAGUAAAUUAAUUUGUGUGUGUAAAUUAUGUUUUAAAAUUAUAUAGAAUUCAUAACACUGAUAAAUAAUCAGCAUAUAUAACAGAUAAAUCAAGAGAAACCAUAAGUCAGACUAUAGUCAAAAUUUAGCAAAACAAAAAACCACAAGUAUCGUAUCCAAAAUUAGAAUACAUGAACCUACCAAAUUACUGUUAAAAUGCUAGCAGAAAAA